CACGAGAUCGGCAAGCCGAAUGGUCAACCGCGCCGGUGGUUCUUCUGGAAAGUCUCCAACGAGUUAAAAAGGCUCCUGCCGGAGCCUUGGAUCAGGCACAGACUAAACCCUCGAAUGUCAACGGGCGCGAUCGUCCACAGUUACGUCAAUCCGGUCGUGACGCAGGUGGACGGACAGUUGCGUCGCGUCAAUUUUCCGACGGAAAACAGACAGAUCGAUUAUCAUCUCACAAAAACGCUGACGAUGUGGAGAUUUCUGGUGCAUUGUUAUAUCACUUUGACGUCCACCUGACGUACAGUAACAAUAACAGUAAAAUUCGUCCCGCAAUCUCCCGGUCCUCCGGUGUCGCGAUUUCGAUAUCCCGGGGAUAUCGAGAUCACAACGUGACAGUUCGUUCCGGUAGCGGGACGCGACGGUGAACGAUAACGGACAACAACGCUUUUUCGGAGCGACUAGUCGAGUUUCGCGGAAGGACCGCGAGUGCGCAAGUGGAUGCGAGCGGAAACUGUCAUCCGGAGCAGCCGAGGACUCUCCUGCAGGAGGACGAGGAAGAGAUGAUCUUCGUGCUGCUGGUGGCUGGAGCGUUCGCCCUCGCCACACUAAGGCGGUAUUCAGUGGCACAAACGAUUACUCUUACGAGUCUCGCCUUCCUCCUGACUUCGUGGCUGAACUCGGCAUCGGGAGUACCCACGAACCAUCUACAAUUUAUGUCAAACUCCAGUGCCGUUGAAACAAAACCCUGGUCUCAGCCUUGCGGCACCCGAUUGGCGGCCUCGCAAAGGAUGCACAGUUCCAACGAUUCGCACAACAUUAUGAAGAGGGUGCGAACACAGUUGCGGGUCGCACAAAAUCACUUCAACAAGACUUUCAAGGACGUGCGCACAGUUUACUCGAAGGUGUACAGAGUGUUGCAGUAUAAGGAGCAAUAUAAGAUGAAUUGGUUGCCCAAAAGACAACUCGAGUGGUAUCAUAGGGAACUUUGGUGUCUGGAAAAGGGGAAAAAAGCCGAACGUGCCCUUCCACGUCUAUAUGACGCGCUUCAAAGAUUCUCAAUUACGUUCUAUGAACUUAGAGAAUUUCAGCUCAACUCAAGUAUCGAUGUCAGUCGCGGCGUUAUUAAGAAACGGACCAAAAUCAUCGACAAAGCACAUAAUCAGGUUCUUAGGUUGCUGUGCGAAGUCGAAGCGGCCAUGAUAAAUCUGGAAUUGAAAACAUCUACUUUGAACAUCUCUGAAAAGGAUAAUAUGCAUUGGGCGAGAGAUGGCGAUUUGACGCUAAUGUUAAUUCAAGAUUGGGGUGUGUUAAAACUUUAUCAUACUUUCCUGAAAGAUUGGAUAAAAGUUUUUCGCAAUGCCACCACGAAUAACACUUGCGGUCAUAACGUAAAAUCUUCGCCUUUUACGCCGAAUAUACCUAAAAGAUGGUUUAACGGAAGGGGUACGAGAAUAUCGAAGAUGAAAAAGCAUCGACUGAUAAGGAAGCCUGGUCGAAACGGUCCCCUGCGUCAGAAUACGAAAACGGGAUCUCAAAGGAACAGACUGAUGAAUAAGAAGCAAAAAAGACCUACGUUAUAAAUGUAGACUACAUUUCGAACCUGAAGAAGUUUGCGCUUAAUAUCGAUGAGAUCUGCUGAUAAUUUAAAGACACCGCUCUAUACAGCGUCGAAUCGUAUACUAUUUCAUAUUAACAUAACUUUUAUAUUUAUUCCAUUAUCGCAAUCAUAUUCAUCUGAAUAGUUUUAUUUGUUUUUUAAAUAUUUGCCAACAAAACUAUUGUGUUAAGAUUAUAUAUCUCGAUAGCCGUGAAAGCUGUUUAAUUCAAUGUCAGUGUUGAUCAACGCUAUUGGAUUAUGGUAAUAGAAAUAUUUUAUCGACAACACGCGGCUGCAUACUAGAGACAGUAUUAAGAGAUCUAUUUCAGAACAGUAUUAUAUCUAAUAACUUACAUAUAAAAUAUACCGAACAUAGCCGAUAAUGUUGAUAAUAAUAUUUCGAGGUACACGGUGUAUACUUAUGUAUACUUGAAUCGAUUAGACUCUCAAAAUUAUCGGUCCAGCGGAUUACAACGGCCGUUAAAAUCUAAACAUCUAAAACACUAAUCUUAUCGUAUAUAAAAGGAAUGUAAACAACUCGUUUUUAUUCUCAGACAUUCAGUAAUUUAAGGAAAGUGCAGUUAUGGAAAUGCGUAUCGGAAAGAGAGAAUGAGAGAGAAAUACAGAAAGAUAAAUUCGCAGAUGCAGAUUUUUCGGGUCUGAGAUCGAUCGUCUUGCGCUCGAUAUUUAUGUCGAUAUGUCAACAUAGAUUACGCUCACGAUCAAAGCGACUUGUUAUACGGUCACGGAUUUGAGACUCGAUUAAACCGAUGGAUUUCUGCGAUACGCGCAGGUGGCGAUAGUACGUGAAAGGAUCAGCAACGAGUUUAGACGGCUUGUGAGACUUAUUUAUUCUAGCUUUAAGAGCGAAUGGCGAGAGCUUAAUGUCAUUUAGCUGUGAUAUCCCGAGCGUACGCGGACGUACAGAGUUCCUACGUUUAUACAUAUAGGUGCAUAUGCACAUACACAUAUACACUUACAUAGAUAGGUAUCGUGCGUUAAACGCGCACUAUACGUACGUAAUAGACGUAGAUGAUUCUCUCCUCUUUUCCGGUGUGUUUUACCGAAGAAUCUCGCCUUGUCGGGAACACAUGACAAUUUUACCUUUUCUAGUUAGUCGAAUCCGUUGCGUCGUAUGCGCAUAGACGACGCUAGAAGCGUUACAGCGGAAAUCAAAUCCGAAGGUUUUCGCGGUUCCUUCUGUCUCGCUUUGGACCAGAUAUGCACGCAAAUGCGCUAACUGAUAAUAAAGGACCAUUAUGAAUAUUAAUAUGAGAAUCCUUCGAGCGAAUCUUGAUUUUAUCAGCGUGUCAACAUGUGACGAAGUGACACGUCUUUCUUGCGAUAGAUUAUGAUUAUGAUUAUAUUUAUAUCGAUAGAGAUCCGAUAUUUUAGGAUAAAACAAUGUGUAUGUAUAUGUAAUAUGUAAGUACAUUCAUAUCUUAGCGUUACGCAUAUUUUUGUACUUGUAUGUAUGCACACGCCGCGAUACAAAAUGUUCGUAAACGCGCAUUUACAUUUAAGACCAUAAUGCAUUUUAUACAAUAUAUGUUGAAUAUUUAUUCGGGCGUAUAUGCAUAGCGUUAUGUUUUAUUUAUUAUGUAUCACGUUACCAUUGCAUAUAUAUUUAUUGUCAUGCCUUUACUUAUAUGUGAUCAUCUCGAAUAAAUUCAAUGUUUUGUAUCGAACUGAGAUUUGGAUAAUAGAAAUACCUUUAUAAUCCACGUAGUAAUUUAACUUUAACAAUAUUGUAAAUCGUUCGUUUUACAUGAACAUUCGCUCGAAAAUAUCAGGAAUACAUGAAGGAUCUCCAUUC